UCAAUUGAAAAGACCUUACUUCAAAGUCAAACAUGAAUUGUUGAGUUGGAAGCAAUUUAAUAUCACAUAAAAACCAAACAAGAUGGAACAUAUCUGCAGACUUGCAGGCGACAAAACUAGGCACAUUUUACCGCCUCUGCAUCCAAACGCAACCUCAUGUCAAAAACUUGCAAGAAAAUUUCAAGAAAUGAUAACCAUAGAUCUUUGUAGCAAGAAAUGCAACCAAUUUUUUGGAAGUUUGAAAUCCCCGAUGAGAAUUGAGAUGAGGAGACAUAUUAAAAGCUCCUAUUUUUAUAUAAUUCACCCUUUGAGUAAGAUAGGUGACACUGAUCAAUCACCCUCUUUGAGCAGAUCAAAAAGAUGUAUCGUUGUGCAGAAACAGAGCGUUGGAUAUCUUGGUGAACUUGAUUAUUACGACUAUGGAGAGAAUGCAACUGAAACUCCUCCGCCUACAAGAGGAAUCUAUGCGAAAACAAAAUUGGUGAAAGUUAAACCUGUAGAAUCGAAGAAAAGAAAGUACCACGUCGUUAAAUUACUUAAUACACGUGUUGAACCAAUUUCGAAAAGAAAAUACUGAUAUCAUUCAAAUUGUUAUUUUUGAGAUG